AUGUCAAACGAAGGCGGUUCAGUGGUAGCUGUCGUACCACCGGCUGGACAAGAGCAACCAGCUGACGGAGGACAACCUCCUUCCGCAGCUGUGUCAACAACAAGCGUUCUGACGCAGACAUCCCAAAUCCCAACAGUGUCAACCGGUAUGAUGUCGUCGGCGGUUGGAGACCACAGCGCCACACCGACUCUCUUUCAACAAUCAUCGACAAACCGGGUGACAGGUGCACAACCGGUGGUUUUCCAGACACCACCACCGCCAAACCACAUGACAACUACACAAUCGGUGGUUUUCCAGACACCACUACUGUCGAACCAGAUGACAGGCACACAACCGGUGGUUUUCCAGACAUCACCACCGCCAAACCAGACGAUAGGGAUACAACCAACGUUUCUCUCACCACCAAUAGCCCAGAUGGCGGUAGAAACGCCAGUGCCUUUCCAAAUGUCACUGCUAGACCAAGCGGACAGAAAUCAAACAAUAGCCUUCCCGACACCCCCCAUUUCGAACAAACAUCCCUCUUGCCUCUGCGAUCCCACAUUACCAGCAGAUUAUGCCUAA